AUGCCUCCAGUCGACCUUGGCCUCGCGAUCUUUCGGUGGCCUCCCGUUGCGGCAGCGGCAAAGCUAGACAACGCAACGCGGAGCCAACUUCGUCAAGACCAGAGCCGAUGCCUCGGAGGAUACCGACCGCUGCCCUCGGAUUCGCUCUUUGGAGAACUUAAACGCCGACGUCGUUGUGAUCUCCGACGACACGACGACGACGGCGGCAGAGCCGCCUCCGGUUCUGACGAUUCUGACGAUUCUGACGAUUCUGACGAUUCUGACGCCGAGUUUCCCUCCAUUGACGAGCUUUACGCGCAUGUAAACCCCCGCCUAGACGGGCGGCUAGUUGAGUCUCGUCCGUUAGCCUUGGAAGGACGUCGAGUCGCUGACGGGAUCCUAGAAAGUCCUAGCGAGGUCCUUGAUCAUACCUACGAUAGCUCCAUGGAGUCGCCAGCCGCGGACGUGCCUAAGCACAAAGAUGGCAACCCAGCCGCCGACGAUUCUGACGCCUUAUAUCCUGACAUUGACGAGAUUCUCAGGCAUUCAGACUCCUAUCUAGACAGGAGGCCAAACAGUCCAAGUGAGAUCUUUGAUCCUACCCACGAUGACCCCAUGGACUGCAACACCACAACUUACACCCUCACGCCAUUCGUCUCCGCCAGCAGCAUCGCCUCCGCCGGUGGCGCCCCGGUCACUUUGCGGUUCGUCAGGUCGCACCAGCGAGAGUCCCCCACGGCCGAUCUCAUCCCUGCGACUGCGAUGGGUGAGGGUACGUGCGGGGCGCUGGACGAGAUCGACCGGCGGUCUCCCCGGCGGCGCAAUCGCGAAUCCCGCCCGUUCCACGCGACUUCUCGCGGCCCCGAAUACCGCAUCGCAGACGCCCAUGGGAGGGACGACGACGAAGUUGAGCUACCGUCCGACCAGCCCAGUUGCCGGCUCAGUCGCUUCCGCAGGGGCAGUGCCGCUAUCGAGAGGAUUGGCGAGAACGCCACGGCGACGGGGACUACGAACAAGAGUCGAUCGACGAGGCCGACGAUGACGACGACGAGCCACCACCACGCAAGUGUCGCAAACUGA